AAAUGUAUACUAUACUACUACAGCAGCUCUUUCGCUAUUUUGACCUCUCAGCUGCUUCACAGUACGAGAAAAAAACACAAACCCUAGAUUAAUCUUCUUCAGACCAUGUCUUCUUCACCUCAAUCUCCUCCAACCAUGUCCGAUUCCAGCGCAGCCUCACCACUUCUCAUCCCGCGUCAAUCUCCCCGGCGCCGUCAGCCCUUAAUCUCUCUCCUGCUAGGCCGAGCCUCGGGUCGUCGGCGAGGAGGAGCUUCGAUGGUCGUGAGAGAGACGGCCGCGCAGGAGCUCGAAGAGCGACGAGCCGAUUGGGGCUACUCGAAGCCCGUCGUGGCUCUCGACAUGCUCUGGAACGCGGCCUUCGUGGUCGUCGCGGCUGUGAUGCUUCUGGUUUACAAGGAGGAGAAGCCGAACGUCCCGGUUAGGGUUUGGAUCUGCGGGUACGCCGUUCAGUGCCUUGUCCACGUUGUGCUCGUGUGGUUGGAGUUUAGGAAGAGGAACGCGAGCAGGGGUGGUGGUGGUGGGGAUUUGGAAGCUGGUGAAGGUUCUGGUAUUAAUGGUAGUGAUGAUAAUGAAGAUGGUGAUGAUAGGAUCCUCAGCACUAAGACGUGUGAAUCGAUGAACACCAUUAUAUCAUUUGUCUGGUGGAUUGUUGGCUUCUACUGGCUUGUAUCUGGUGGUGAUAUCCUUCUACAAAACGCAUCGCAUUUGUACUGGUUGACUUUUGUUUUCCUGUCAUUUGAUGUGUUCUUCGCCGUCUUUUGCGUUGUGCUUGCGUGUCUUAUCGGAAUCGCUCUCUGUUGUUGCCUCCCUUGUAUCAUUGCUCUUCUUUACGCCGUUGCUGGGCAGGAGGGUGCAUCAGAAGCAGAUCUCAGCAUCCUUCCCAAGUUCAAGUUUCAGAUGAUGAACAAUGGUGAAAAGCAAACAGAUGGUGGCGGGAAAAUGAUACCCAUGGAGGCAGGCACUGAGUAUUCGGGUAACGAACGUGUGCUUGAGCCUGAAGAUGCUGACUGUUGUAUAUGUCUGAGUUCAUAUGAAGAUGGAACAGAGCUGGUGACACUUCCUUGCAACCACCACUUUCAUUCGACGUGCAUCGAGAAAUGGCUGAAAAUGAAUGCGACAUGUCCAUUGUGCAAGUUCAAUAUUCUCAAAGGUAAUGAACAAGAAUGAAAAGUAGAAGAAGAAGAAGAAGAAAGAGGAUUCAUCCCUUUAAGUCGUGCUUUGGCACUUGUUUUUCUUUUAUGAUGUAUAUAUAGAGAGUAGAGUUACCCCAAGUGGUUGUCAUUUUGUAAGCCGUAAGAUAUAAUAUAAAUUGUGACUUUGUAUCAUGUAUCCAAAUAAAGAGUUUAUAUAUACGAAUAUUUUCUGAAA